AUGGCGUGUGGCAAGGACAAUGUCGACCUGACUCUUCAAUCAUGGGCGUCGAUCCUCUCGACCCUGUCCAACACAUUGACACUGUUAGAUAUCAACUGUCACCGUAUGGCCGACUUUACAUUCCUGAACAAACUGCGAGCUCUACACAAGCUACGCAUAGACUUUGAGGACGACUAUGACAUUUACGCUGGUGAUUUGACGCACAACACAGUGCAUCGCUUCGCCCAGGCCUAUGCAGCCAACACUGUGAUCAAGACGAUCAAACUUGUCGUAAGGAUUGGCAUUAAAAAUGCAGACAUGAUCGCAUCCAAUCCCAAUCUGGAACUACUCGAUGUGUGCUGGGAUCAGCGGUUCGAAGCCACCAACACGACGCUCAGGCAUAUCAAGCUGUCGAUCUAUCGCUACACAGACAAGAACGUCUUUGACCGGUUACAGAUGUUCAAGGCACUGAAAGCAAUUGAGUAUCCAGCCAAGACAAUCUUUGUUGAUAACGAUUCAGUGUCGUCGGACGAUGAAUUGUAA